AUGGCCGCCACAGAGCGAAAUGAAGUUAUAUUGAGUGAAGGUAAUGGCCUUCAGGACACCAAACUUCUCACGGAUAAAAUCAACGCGGUGUGUCGCAUCGAGAUUGUUAUCGAAGACUCAAAAUCAGGCAAAAGGCAACGAAAGCGAGGUACCGGUUUCCUAUCCAAGCUUUAUACGCCAAGUGAGAGAGGUUGCAGUGAAAUUUAUGGGGUGGUCACUAAUAACCACGUGCUUCCCUCAGAAACCGAUGCCAAAAAUGCGAUCGUCACAUUCGGUUAUGACAGACCAGGAGAAGGAGAGAAAGUUAAAUUAAAACCAAAAGUAAUGUUUCGUACUGAAAAGGAACUUGACUAUACAUUUGUUGGUGUGAAGAAGGCAGAUAUUGAUAGUUUGAAACUAGCCAUUGAACCCAUACUUAUGGAACCAGAGCCGGAAUUGAAAAAGGGGGUGAAUGUCAUGAUAAUUCAGCAUCCAAAAGGAGAACCCAAGAAAUUCUCUCAAGAAAAAAUUUCAAAGGUGAAGAAACCCUUUGUGUUCUACAAAGCCGAUACAGAGAGCGGUUCCUCUGGUUCACCAGUACUGACCUAUGAGGGACUGGCACUCAUUGCUGUUCAUCACAAAGGAAAUGAAAAACAAGGUUACAACAAAGGAACACUGAUCAGUCAAAUUCUGAAGCAUCUCCAGGAAGGAAGUUCUUCUGGUUCCACUGAAGUUGAGCAAAAGGAGAAAAGUGGCCCAGCUGCCAAAAAACUUAAACUUGAUCCUUUUGGAAAACCUGGAACUUCUGGGGUAUCCAGCACUAGUAAGACAAGGAAGUUUAAGGGUAAGGACAAAGGAAAAUUACAUUUUAAGUUGAUUAAUUAUCCAGUAGCAUGAUUCUUUUAAGGAUUGAUCAUGUAAAAUUUCUUUGUAGACUUGAAGAACCUUCAAUCUCUCUCCCAAAAUAGUUUUUUUUGUGAUGAAUUGUUACUGACUUGCAAUCAGUUAUACCCCCCAUUAGCUGUGACAACAAAAGUCAACUAUGAUCAGUUCCAUUCAACAUAUCAUACCUGAUAACAUGAGGAAUGUGUGUGUGGAUAUCUAUUAGUAUAGUUAUAAAAUUGACUUGUCUCCGAGAACAGGGCUCAUCUCAGGACCAAUAUGAAAAAUGUGGUUCCAAACAUUGUAAAUAACCUUACUUGCAGAGGUUUGUCAAUCAGAAAUAAAGCAAAAAGGCCAAUCAGGAUUUAAUUAGGAAAAAUGUGACUUUCCUGGGCAUUGGCACAGCCCUUAAUCACUGAUGUGACAAUGAAUUUUUAAAAAAAAAAGGAAACAAGGAUCAAGAAAUUCAUAAAUCAGUUAAA